CGACGCAGGUCAGAUCGUCGGUAGACUCGAGACAAUGCGGAGGUGUGUAGCCGUCUUUUGGCCAUGUUCUAUCGUUGGUUCCGUGAUAGUGUUGUGCUAAAAUGAGGUUUGUGGAAGAAAGACUCAAUCUGUCGUUUUACGUACGACGGUGAGUCAAAGAAAUUGGCAUGUGUUCGCUUAACAGAACAUUGUAUGCUCGUGCAGCAAACGCGUAAAGAAAUUACAGUGGCUUUUUGUACGCGUCGGAGUCUGUGACACCCGCUAGCCUAAUGGAGCCGCGUACUCUUGCUAUCCCGUUGGCUUUGUUGACAUUCGUCGUAUUAGCUAGUGCAAGUGGAUUGUAUUUUACUAUCGAGCCACAGGAUGUGGUGGUUGAACAAGGAGGUCCUGCUAGAUUGGAUUGUGAAGCAAAAAGUGAUUUUGGGAAACCAAGUAUACAGUGGCGAACCGAUGAUGGCCAACCAAUUAAUUUUAUCGGAGACAGUUACCGAUCUCAGCUAGCAAAUGGAUCCUUGUAUAUAAAUAGUGUUUACAGCAGCAACUUGGAAUUGACUGGAAGCUAUCAAUGUUUAGCUUCCAUAGAUGAUGUUGGGGCUAUUGUUUCUAGAAUAGCUACAAUUAAACUUGCAAGUUUACCAGGAUUUGAAAGAGAACCCCAAGAUACAAUGGUUUAUCCAGGACAAAUUGCAUAUUUAAGUUGUACUCUUCCUUCAACUUCCAAUUCACUGAUGAUACAUUGGUUAAAAGAUGAACAUCCUCUGAUACUUGAUGAUAGUAGAAUGACAGUUUUACCAUCAGGUGCAUUAGAAAUUGAUGAUGUUAAUGUACAAGAUAUUGGAUCGUACAGAUGUAAUGCCAGUAGCUACGGACAAUAUAGACUCAGUAAUAAAGCGCAAUUAGGAUUAUUAACAAGUGAUAUUGAUCAAGAAAGUACACCACCAGUUUUCAUUGCUAAGCCAUUACAACAAGUGGCUAUCGAAGGAUCAACAGUCACUCUUGAAUGUGCUGCUAAUGGCUAUCCAAAGCCAAGUAUACUUUGGCUGAAAGAUGGUGUCGCAAUUGAUUCAGCAUCUCGUGAUUUUAGAUACGGUAGAAUUGCUGCAUCCAGUCUUAUAAUUAAUAAUGUGCAAGAAAUUGAUGACGGUUCUUAUCAGUGUCGUGCAGAAAAUGAAGUUGAAACAUUAGACGCAGCUGCUGAUUUAAUUGUAAAAGUGCCGCCGCGAUUUAUAAAAAGACCGGAAGAUAAAAUAGCUAGUGAGAAUCAAGAUUUAGAAUUUGAAUGUGAAAUUUAUGGUAAACCAGAGCCAAAAAUUACGUGGCUUAAGAAUGGAGAACGUAUUACAUUAAAUGCAUAUUGGCAAAUUGUUAAUGGUUAUAAUCUUAGAAUUAACGGCCUAUUACCUAUAGAUGCUGGAAUUUUUCAAUGCAUCGGAACAAAUUCUGCCGGAAGUGUAAAGGCUGCAGCGCGGUUAACAAUUAGUCAGCCUAAAAAAGUAACUUCCCAUAAAACGACUACUCCAAAAACAGCUCCUAAAAAAAAAUUAUUAUUGCAUCGUCAAUUGUACAAUAAAACGUGGCAGCAUCCGAGUACUCUUUUAGGACACACGUUAUCCGCGUAUACACCAAAUCCACCGCUUUCCAUCAGUCCCUCCGACGAUCCUACAGAUCUUCCUGGAUUAGUUAAAUUUCCCAAUUCCCCUUACGAUCCGAAAUCCCAUUUUGUAGAUGACACAGAGAGCCUGGAAUCAAUAGAGGGUAGUGUCCCAUCAGCACCAAGGAAUUUGAGUCUCGUUAUUGUCACUGCCAGAUUUGUAACUCUACGGUGGCAAGAACCAGAAAAUACAAAUGGAGAAAUUUUAAGUUAUUAUAUUUACUAUAAACAGGAAGGUGUUCAAAGAGAACGAGUUAUUAAUACGCAACAAAAACUAGAAGCGGUGAUACGAGGAUUGCAGCCAAGUAUGACGUAUCAGUUUCGUGUGGUUGCUUUGAACGAAAGAGGUCCUGGAACGUCUAGCGAAGUAUUGCAAGUCACUACACUUACAGAGGCCAACGUUCCCGGACCUCCGCUUAAUUUAGAAGGUCAUGCUACGAGUAGCGUGAGCAUUGAGUUGUCUUGGGAAAAGCCACAAAUUGUUAAUGGCAGAAUUUCUAAAUACAUCAUUACAUUUGUAGAGGGUGACAAUGAGGAAAUAACACGUGAAACCACUAGUACUGUGCACGAAUUGGUAGACCUCGUGCCUUAUACAGAAUACAAUAUUAAAGUUCAGGCUGUAAAUGAAAAUGGUCCAGGUGUAUUUAGCAAAGAUAUAGUAGUACGAACUUACAGUGCACAACCUACUCAGCCACCGCACAAUGUUACAGUAGAACCUGUUAGUCCUACAAGUAUUAUAAUUAGAUGGGAACCGCCAUUGGAAGGACAAAAUGGAAUUAUCACGGGUUACAAAAUUCGUUAUCGUCGACAUGAUCGAGGUUCACAGCCGGUCACUAUAACAACCGAAGGAAAUCAACGCUCACGAGUGCUCACAGGACUUGAAAAGCAUGUUGUUUAUCAAGUUCGUAUAUGUGCCUUAAAUGUGAAUGGAACUGGACCUUGGACUGAAUGGAUACAAAUAGAAACAUACGAAACCGAGUCGGAUGAGAAAAGAGUGCCAAAUACGCCCAGCAAUUUAAGAACAAAGGUGAUGUCAGAUUAUAUACAAGUUUUUUGGAAUCCACCAAAGGAUCAAAGUAUUAAAGUAAAGGGAUAUAAGCUUGGCUGGGGAAAAGGUGUCCCCGACGUUGAAGUACAACCUCUCGAUGGAAAAGAACGUUCUUUUACUAUCGAUCGGUUAGAACCGAUGACAGAGUAUGUGAUAUCUUUAAGAGCAACGAACGAUGCUGGUGAUGGUCAACCAGCAUAUGCAAAUGUAAGAACUACCGAACGUUCUGUGUCUGAAUCUUCUGUGCCUUUAAUACCGCCGGUUGGUCUUAAAGCUGCCGUUCUCUCUGACACUACAGUUGUACUAUACUGGACCGAUACAACUUUACCGAAAACUCAAUUUGUAACGGAUAAUCGAUAUUACGUUGUUCGUUAUACAUCUCAUCAUCAUAGCAGUAAUCCUCGCUAUAAAUAUCAUAAUGCCACUGAUCUUAAUUGCAUGAUAAAUGAUUUAAAACCUAAUACACUAUACGAGUUCACGGUGAAACUUGUUAAGGGGAAACGAGAAUCACCGUGGAGUAUGGUCGUUUCAAAUCAAACUCAAGAAGCUGCACCUAGUUCUCCACCAAGGGAUUUGAUAAUUCAGAGUUUAGAAGACCGUCCAACUUCUGUGUUAUUACGGUGGCAACCUCCGAAACAGCCCAAUGGACCAAUUACAGGGUAUAUCAUCUUUUAUUCGACGGACAACACAAAAUGGGAUCGCGAUUGGUUAAUCGAAGGUGUUAUCGGUGAUAAAACUGAAUUUAUCGUGAAAGAUCUUCUGCCCAGUACGACUUACUAUUUUAAGAUUCAGGCACGCAAUUCCAAAGGAUACGGUCCUUUUUCUACAACUGUCCCGUUUAAAACACCUCAGAGCAAUGGCAUGGAUGUCUAUGAUGAAUUGCAUGAUCGAGAUGGACGUGGACUUUCAAAUAUAUUAAUUUAUAUUGUUGUGGGUUGUUCUAUUGUCCUUAUUACCGGUGUAGCAGUUGUAGUUGUGGUGAUAUGCUGUAAACGUAAUCCAGAUACUCCGGAUCGAAAAAAGGGAUACAUGAAAGAUACGAAUCAAAAGACAAACAUCAAACCACCAGAUUUGUGGAUUCAUCAUGAUCAAAUGGAACUUAAAGCUCUUGAAAAAUCUUCUAUAAAUGGAGAGGCAUCUACUAGUGGCGUGGCUAGUAAUACAUUACCCAGAUCAAGUAAUCAGGAUUACAACCAAGAUACUGUACAUGGAAAUUCUAGUUCAUUGGAUAAACGUACUUACGUGCCAAGUUACAUGGGUAACACUGAUGAGAAGUGCUCGACCCUGAGCAGACAGCAUAGUCGAGGAAGCCACAAACCUAAACUCAUUACACUUCCUGUUGACAGUGCAUCCUUACAUCAACCUAUAGCGACAGCUACACCGAUUGUGAACACGAGCAUGUCGCAGCCAACGAUUCACACAUCGUGUAGCGAUACGCCAUCCGUGAGACAGAACUAUCCCCGAACAGUGGCACAAUAUAGUUUAAGUCGAGCGCACAUUACGUUAGAACCAACGCCGGAAUCGAGUCCAGAUUCUUGUAAUAUUUCAAGUUCUUAUGAACCAAUGCAAGGCCAACCAUUGUCAUACGGCGCAAGUGGUCAGUCGUACAGUGGAAGUACUCAGUACUCUUCGGGUCAUUAUAGUAACAGUAAUCAACCAUCGAGUACCAGUGGUGGGACUGAUGGUAGUAGCAGCAGUAAAAGGAUGCAAGGUCAUCCUUUGAAAAGUUUUAGCGUGCCAGCACCUCCUCCUCAGUCUGCACCCUCGACACCGGCACAGCAGAAACACGGUGUUUCUCAAGUAACUGUAAGACCUACAAUGUCCGGUAGUCCUUACAAGAAGCCACAAAGUACUACCCAAUUAGCAAAGAAUCGAUUAGCCUCAGUUUCAAACCCGGUGCAUACUUCGGAAGAGGUUGAACGGUUAAAGCCUUCUUACAGUACGGAAGAACUAAAUCAAGAGAUGGCUAAUUUAGAAGGUCUUAUGAAAGACUUGAAUGCCAUAACAGCAUCUGAAUUUGAGUGCUAGAAGAGGUUCCUAAACCUUGUGCCAUCUCAAUUCAAUAGACUGCAAUGAUACAUUCUCAAUGUUAGUACCUGAGAGAUAGGUGUAAUGAUCACGUUACACGUCGAAGCCCUUGACGAAAACACGUAAUUGGAAAACGAUAUCAAUGGCCGAUGAACGGUCUGGGGAUCGAAUUUUUCGAAUGAUUGAAAUGAAAAUUAUUAUACCAGUGUUAUUGGACUAGAAUGAGUUUUUCCUAGUCAGUUUACUUUUUCCUCCGGUACUAACGUUGCUUUCUUACAGUAAAACGCAAAGUAUACUUGCCAAUGUAUUUUAACACUGCCACAUUCUUGUAGCGAACUUGUACUUUGCAAGAAGGUGAGUGGUACGGUUUAAAAGUGUCGACGAAAAAAAGAAAUUGAACAUUUUAUUGCCAACAUUUAAUGCCUGUAUUUUUCUGCAUACAAUGUGUGCAAAUCAGUCGAGACAGGAGAUCAGUGAUAAGUUUAACUCUUAUCGAAAUAGAACCAUCCGUGCGAUUAGAAUACGUUAAAUUAGUAAUCCAAUGAAUUUAUAACAAAGAAAAACGGUUUUAACGUUUUUCAAUUCUUAUACGUAAAUAAGAUUGUGAGGUACUUUUACAAUUACCGUUUAUGUGCUUCGAUAGAGGGGAAAAAAAGAAAGAAAAGAAAGAAAAGAAAAAACGACGAUCUUGCCUAAAAAAACAAUUCGUACUACAUCCAAAAACUCACGCGCUCUUUGCCAUGAUUUUAUACACCCAGUAAUAUCGACUGCCAUACUUACGCUUAGGAUGGCGAGAUCACGUGAGUCCUUUGAUCGAACAAUUUUAUGGUUCAUUGCGUAAGAUGAACGGUAAAAAUAUUUCUUCUAUUUUUUUAUCCGUCGGAAUUUUUCGUAACGUUGCAUCAAUUUUGAUACUAGGUUUUUUAUAUGGUACAGUACUUUCGAAUUAGUUAAUUUAGUAUUAAUCGAUUAAAGAGCAACAUGUUAUUAAGGUGUUUCAUCGAGAACAAGAACAAGAACAAGAACAAGAACAAGAACAAGAACAGGACGUUUGUGAAGAUUUUACUAAAUGUUACCUGUGAUUUUCUAAUUUUUAUUUAACUAUCUGAGAUUUUUACGUACUGUCAAAAUCGUAAUAUUUUCGGACAAGUAUGAAACGGCCUUAAAACAUUCGUAUUAAGUUGCCCUAUACAUACUCAGUGGCUUCGGCAGCUUAUAAUGUAAAGAACUUUCGUGUUUCAUUUACAGAAGAAUUAUACGCGUAUACUCUUAAAGCAACAACGUAGUAUUACGAUCUCAUUGAAAAAUUAUUUUAGGAUUACUAGCGAACAUCGAGUAUGAUGGGUAUUAUUGAUAGGCUGUAUAAAAGUAUGAAAAGUAACGGUUUAAUUUUCGCGCGAUUUCGCGGUAAAUCGUGUAAUCGAUACACGAACGCGAUAAAACGAGAUGUAACGAUAGUAAUUUCCGUGUCGAUGUGUUUACAAUUUCGAUAGUUGAUUUAUCUUAAUUAAGCGUUACCUUUCUAACGUCCGUUAAUUAAGGUAUGUACGUCGGUCUAAUUUAUAGAAUAAAUUUAAUUCAAGAGCCGUCGUUAGAAAUAUUUUUUAACAAAUAUUUAUAAAUUGUUGUUUGUAAGCUUUGUACGUUAUUUCAUUUGAAGACGUUAAAAAGAAACAGCUAUCAGAAGAUACGUACUUGUAAGGUACGUACAUAAACGUAUUUUACAAGUUUAUUUGUAUCACUCAAUAUUAUAUAAAGCGAUUACAUUUACAGUGAACGGAUUUCAAGUAGAAUAUUAAGCGACAGACAGUUUUUCACCAUAUCCGUCGAUAUACAUACACGCAUACAUACAUAGGUAUAUUUCCUUCCAAUGCUAGGAAUUUGCUACAUAAAUUUUGUACACGUUUUAUUACGAUUGAACGUCUCCGUAGUAUUAACAUGGAAGAGAGACUCUGAGAUGCAGGAUAAAGUAACGACUAACGCGACAUAUUAAACGGGAUGAAAAAAAAAAAAAA